AUGUCUUGUCCAGACGCAUUAAAAAUGCUGCAAAAUACCUAUGGUGGAUCUGCUCUAUCGCGUACGCAGGUAUUUAGCUGGUAUAAAUCGUUUAGAGAGGGCCGUACAUCAAUUGAGAACUUGGCCCAUGCUUCCCGUCCAGCGACAUCGGUAAAUGACGAAAACAUCGAAAAAGUAAAGAAAAUUGUAUCCGAAAAUCGUCGAGUGACCGUAAGGGAAAUAGCUAGUGAACUUGGCAUAUCGAUUGGAUCGGCGUACAGCAUUUUACAUGAUAUUUUGGGGAUGCGUUGGGUUACCGCGCGGCUUGUGCCAAAAUUGCUGCAUUCUCUUCAAAAACAACGUCGGAAAACUGUGGCUGAAGAGAUGCUUUCUAUGGAUGAUAGGGACAUUCAGUACAUCAUUACUGAUGACGAGACUUGGGUGUACGAGUAUGAUGUUGAAACCACAGUAGAUCUACUAUAG